GCAUCCGUGCUGGUUUUUGGCCCAUCCAUGGAGAGUGGCAUGUACGCUGACACCCUGAAGCUCGACUUGCUGAACAAGCGAACCCAUUGGACAGGCGAAGUCGUGCUCGACUACGCCUUCCAUCUUGCCAACACGAGCUCGCUCCUGGGAAUUUUUAUCAGCCAUCCGGAGCACCCUUACAACAAGAUGGAGAGGGCUUGCAUAUUCGUCGUCGUCGGUCUGCUGGCGGUGUUCCUGUCGGCGCUCGUCCGCGACGUCUGCGACUCGUGGCCGCUGCGGCUCCUGGUCGUCCUCGGGCUGGCGCUGCUGUCUCGGAAUGUGCUGAGAGCCUACGUCAACAUCCUGGGGCAGAAGGAAGAGCGCCUUCGUGGCGAGCAGGUGGACGUGUCGAGCGGGAGGGCGCAGAGGUCGGCGUUCCUCGGCUCGGCCCUGCUCUUCACGGCCAUCGUGUGCGCUGUGAUCGUCAAUGUCAUCGGGACAGACAACUUCAGCCUCGUGGUCGAGAGCCUGGACGGCAUCGUCGCCCUGGUCGUCUUGGAGCUGUUGAUCGACUGCUUGAUGCCUUUCACCUCCGAGAAUUCCCGAGGCGACAGAACCUGGGGCAUCGGCUUCUUCGGCCGUUGGGCAAUCGAGCGAGAUGAGCAGCAGGCCCGGAUCGCGCAUUGCAUGCAUGUGUCGCUCUCGAGAAGCAAGGAGUUCCUGGUUGCAGAGGUCGAGUAUUACGGCAAGGACUAUGGAAGGCCCGACCAGCGCGACAAGGACGAGCACAGGGGCUGGGAGCAGCCGCGGAAGAGCCGCCGCUCGACCAGGACGCAUUCCCGCGCCCGGCCGGAGCUGGCCGGGGCGGCUGGCCUCGCUCUGAGGGUCGGCACAGCACGGCUCCGCCUCGUGGGCGGGAGGCUGCGGAGAAGCGAGCGGGAGAGACGGCUGAGGGCGAGCGAGCGGCGGGAGUUCCCCACGGCGGGGCGCGGCGCCCCUGGCUUCGCGCGGCGCGGGAGCGGGGGCCUCAGCGGGGACGCCCGCGAGGGCGGUGGCGACGGCCACGGCGGCGGCCGCCGCCAGCCACCGCAGGAGCAGGCGGACGGGCGGGUGAGGGGAGCGGACCGAGCGGUCCCCGAGGCCAUGGCCGAGCAGGCCGCCAAGCCGCCCUCGCUGAGCUCGCUCCAGGCGUCGCUCGUGAAGAAGCCAGCCACUGGCAAGGCACCCGUCGCGAAGUCGCCCGUCGCCAAGACGCCCGUCGCUAAGACGCCCGUCGCCAAGACGCCCGUCGCCAAGACGCCCGUGGCCAAGACGCCCGUCGCAAAGGCGCCGGCGAAGUCCCCGGCACCGGCCGCCAAGACCCCCACGGCGGCGAAGGCCCCCGCAGCUGCGCCCGCGGACGCCGCGGGCCUCAAGCGGACGGCGACCGGGGAGGCGGAGGGCGCGCCGCCGGCGAAGAAGGGGGCCGCAGCGGCCCCCGCGCACCGGGAGUGCGGAGCCCGCGUCCGCACUGGCCCGUCCGCGACGUCGGAGCCCGGCCGCGUGCACGGCCUGCAGAGGGGCUCCGCCCCUGCGCCGCCGCCCGCCGCGCGGCCGCCCGCCGCGAAGCCGCCCGCCGCGGCGAAGGCGCCGGCGGCGGGGGCCCCGGCGGCGUCGGAGGCCGCGGCCGCCGCGAGCAAGCCGGAGGACAAGGCGCUGGCGGCCGCGAUCACGGGCCUCGUGGGGGCGCUGGAGGCCACGAACACUCCGGCGGCCCUCCAGCAGCCGGCUGCGGUUGCCUUGGCUGACGCGAUGGGGGCGAAGCUGCAGAUCGAUCACAUCAACCAGUUCUUGCGAGCACUCAAGAAGAAGGUGAUCGAGCGCGCUCAGGGCGACGGCAUCCGAGUGCAGCCGACGUCGCAGCUGCAGAAGGCGAAGGCCGCCGCGACUGCGAGCAAGCCGGCGCCGCCGGCGCAGGCCACGGCCCCCGGCGCCAGCGUGGUGGCGAAGAAGGCCUCGGCGACCGCGCCGGGCGCCUCCGUGGUGGUGAAGAAGGUCCAAGCGGCGGGGUGCAGCGGACAGGACCGGCACCGUGGUCUGUACACCGGGAAUUUCUUCAUCCCGAAGGGGACGGGAGCACGCCGCAUGCUCACCUCUGGCGUGCCUGCGGCGCUGCCGGCCUUGUGCGUGGCGCUGAUCGCUGGUCUUGGCUGGCGGACGAGUCCACCUCAGCCCGUGCCCGAGCCGCCGAGCGAGACUCCCUUGUGGCUCGACGGGGUCGCCGGCGCCUGCAUCGAGGCUUCGUCGGCGGCGCUGCGCGACGAGGCCGCGGCCCGUGCGAUCUCGGAGCUGGCGGCCGCGUCGCCACCGCCUCCGCCGCCGCCGGGGGGCGACGGCUGUGUCUGCCCCGAGGUGGGCGACGGGCUGGGCGCCGAGGCGCUGGCCCUGCACCUGCUGGUGAGCCUCCUCUCGCCUGUGUGGGUUUCGCUGGCGGACAGUGGCGCCCGCGCGCGGGUGAGCUACGACGGCGACAUCAUGGACCAUGGGCGCGUCGUGGUUUGGCCUUCGCGGCGAGUCGAGGAUGGCGAGCUGGUGGACCCGCGCCUCUACUGGGUCCUCUCGCCGGAUGGCGACCUGUGGGAGGAGCUGCUCUCGGGGGCCUCGCCCGCAGAUGGCCCCUCGGGUGGCGAGCGCAUCGCCAACGGGGGGGCCCCGCCUGCUGACGGUCGGACGCUCUACAGCUUCCGCGAGCGGCCGUCCCUCGCCAGGCUCGUGGAAUUGGCCGACGAGUGCCGUCUGGCGAUGGAGGCCCGCGGGCAGGUUGCCGCCGACGGACCUGCCCAGGUGGAGCUCGCCUCAGGUAGACUGCUGGAUGGCGGGGACGUCUUCCCGCGGGCCGCGCCGGCGCGGCCCUCGCACCGCCUCCGCGGGAAGCAGGCGCUGCCAGUUGCCGACGGGGGAGUGGGCGACGCUCUGGCUGAUGCCGCCACGGGCUCUCCCACGCCCCCUCCUGAAGGGCACGUCUGGGCGCUGGCCGAGCCCGUGCCCGACCUGGGCAUCGGCGCUGGGGUGGACGCCCUCUGGCUUCGACGGGGCAGGGCGCUGCGUCUGGAGCUGAUGCCGCGAGGCGACGUGGCGGGCUGGAGGUCGCGCCGUGUUGCCGAGCUGAGUCGCUUGCUGGAGGUGGCAGCUCCUGUGGCGGCGCCCGGCUCCCCCCCGCCUGACGGUGCCCUGGAGACCGCCGCCGCCAGUGGCGCGGAGGGCUCUCCUGGCCCAGAUGGUGUUCCGUCGGCUGUCGCUUUGGCUGACGCCGCUAGCGAUGACACCCGCACUCUCUGGGUCGAGUGGGACGACCAGGGCGAGCGAUACAAGGAGUUCAGGAAGGCCGUGAACGAGUCGUUGAGCUACGAAUGGGGCCACCAGCGCUUGGAGGGGGGCCUGGCGUGCUUGCACACCUGCAAGAUGAUGCACCGCACGGCCGGCACCCCUCGGGCGUGGCUCGAGAAGUUCUUGCGCGACAAGAACAUCGCCCCCACCGACCGCGUCGCACAUGAGCUUCGGCCGCUGGUGGAGGCGCUCGAGGAGGCCGGGUGCUUCGACCAGGUCAACCUGGGGGGGCUUGCCUGCCUGGAGGCGGACGAGCUUAUGGCGCCCUCGCUGAGGAAUCACGUCUCCCGCCGCGCCAAGGAGGACUGGGAGGUCGAGCAGUCUAUGAAGAAGGCCGAGGCGGUGGAUGCUCGUGUGGCAGCCCACCAUGGCGCAGAUGGUGCCACCACAGGGGCCGGCGGCGGGGACAAGGGGCGAGGCGCGUCAACCCUGGACAAGCAUGCAGCCCUUCAGCAGCACCUGCUCCGUGAAGCUCAUCGGCGACAGGCCGCAGCUCCGGGGGCGAUGCCCAAGGCGGAGGCAGCCCUGAGGGAGCUGCUCCGGGGGCAGUCCGUAUACGAGACGGACUCUGCCCCAAGGAACCUCGUCUCCUACCAGCCCGGCAAGGUCUCGCUGCCUGAUAGCGUGCUGGACUGCCGCUUCAUCGAGGACAUCGUGAGCCCUGGGUGCCGCUCUUUCUGGGAGGAGAAUCACAAGCGAAUGAGGUUGGAGCCGGAGACAGUGGACUUCGACAGCAUGCCGCGGUUGUACAUGGACCCAGUGCUGAAGAGGAAUUCUAAAUCUUAUCGUACCUUCUUGCGAGAUCUCGCUGGUGUGCAGCUCCUCAGCAGCGAGGGGUUCGGCCGGAUCGAGAUAGAGUUGCCGCUGGGUGUCUUGCCCUCGUCAGUUGAGGGGCAACGGCUUCUGGGCGCCUUCACUGUCUACGUGGCCACCACCGACGUAAAGGACUGCUUCUACCGAAUGCACGUCCGCGAGGACUUCGGCCGCUACUUCUGCCUUCCCGCCGUCCCGAAGCACGUGCUCGACGGGAUUCAGGUGGCCGGCGUCCCUGGGGAUGCUCCGCCGGACGCCCUUGUGCGGCCCUACCUUGCCGUGCUCCCGAUGGGGUUCGCGUGGUCGCUGUACCUGGCCCAGGCCGCGAAUGAGGACAGGGUGUGCCGUAGCCCCAGCCUGUGCAGGGCGAUGCCAGCCGGCCGACAACAGCCCUUGAUUCAGGAUCAGGCCGAGGCUUUUGUGCUGCGGGCCGCCUCGCGCGGGGUCGGAGGCGCUUGCGUGCACGUGGACAACCUUGGCGCCGAUUCGGACAAUGCCGACUUCAGUGACAGGAUGGUCUCCGAGUGGAGCGAUCUGUUCGAGUCGGUCGGCCUGGCGCUCCACAAGUCGGAGUCCCACGGCGGCGCUGGCGAGGCUCUCGGCGCGGAGCUCGACGGCGCUCGCCUCCGCUCGGGGAUCACCUCGAGCCGGUUUUGGAAGCUCGAGCGGGGCCUGACUGGCCUCCUCGCUCGGGGCCGCUGCAGCGGCCAGGCGCUUGAACAAGUGAUCGGACAUUGCACCUUCUGCGGUCUGGCUGCCCGUGAGUCCCUUUCUAUCUUCCAUACCGUCUAUAAGUUCAUUUCGGUCCAGUAUUUUGACGCGGGCUCAAUGUGGCCCGAAGUGGUCGAGGAGCUCGUAGCUUUUAGAGGGGUCCUUUUGCUUCUGGGCCGCGACUGGUGGCUGCCGUGGAACCCCUGCGUUUUGGAAACCGACGCCAGCCUAGCGGGCUGGGCGAUGGCCCAAAGUUUCUGGGAGCCGUCUCGGGUCGCCAGCGUCGGCCGUGUCAGUGAGCGCUCCCGUUUCAAGCGUGUCGGUGCUCACUCCGCUCGGGAAUCCGCACUCACUUCUGCCCACCUCUUCCGUGACGAGUCAGGCUCGGCCUGGAAAACCGUCCGGAAGGGAGUCUGGGGCCGUAGCGAGGGCAUUCUGGUGCUGGAGGCCCGGGCCUUGGUGAAGGCCAUUCGUAGGAGUCAGGACUUCAAGCUCCUAGUCCAGAUUCGGCGCUUCAACGCCUAUGCCCUUGCCCUUGGCAUCGCCCCGUACUUUAGUCAGGCCCUCCUCGCUUCCGUCCCCGAAGAGUCUGUCCCGACGGAUGCGCGCUCGGGCUCUGCGGCCGCCGCGGGCUCCAUCGCGGGCGAGUCCUCCAGUGCCGUCGCGGGUUCUGCCGCGGCCCGGACAGGGGGCCCUGGCGCCCGCUCGGUCAAGGCGCGCUUGGAGAGCCGCCCUCGCCAGCCGCCGUUGGCGCCCUCUGUGACGCUCGACGACCUCGCUCCCGCGGACGGCGCUGGCGACGACGAGGCGGACGCCGGGGAGGGAGACGAGUCGAGUGGGUCCGACAGCGUGGUGAACCAUGCGACUGCGGCCUCGAGGAGAUCUCGGCGCCUCCAGGACUCCCGGCGCCGGCGCCGCGCGGCCCUCUACACGGACAUGAUCAUGCAGACCGCAGCCGGUGGGCCCACCUUGCUGGAGCGACUGGCGGUGAUUCGCCGGACAAGGGAGCGCUAUGCCAAAUAUAUCGAUCGUUUCUACUUGCAUGCCGGCCUGACCGACGACGAGCUCGUGAGGAGCUCGGACGAGACCGUGGACCGCCGGGUGUGCGACUACUUCACCGCGAUGUACCUGUCCGGGGAGCAGAGCAGCCUGGGGGAUCAGACUGGUGCCGCCCUCAUCGACCGACACCCGGCUUUUGGCCGACGGGGCGGAAGAGCCUUGCCGCGGACGUGGCGAGCGCUCAAGGCGUGGAGGCGGCUGACGCCCUCGCGCACCCGCCGAGCGCUGCCGCUCGCCGUGUGGUCGGCAGUGAUGUGGCGACUGGUGGACAAGGGCCUCCCGUUCAUGGCCCUGUUCCUGGCCGUAGGACCAAGCUGUGGCCCUGCAACGUACCUGGAGCUCUCGCAGGCGGUGCAGCUGGCGGCGGCCGAGAUCGGGGCUGGCAAACUGACACUGUACCAGCUCCGCCACUCAGGCGCGAGCAUCGACGCCAGCAGACGCACACGCAGCCUAGGGGAGAUUCGGAGGCGCGGCUGCUGGGUUCAGGCGAAAAGCAUGCACCGGUACGAGCACGGCAGCCGUCUGAGCGCCGAGUACGAGCGCUUUCCCGCGGACCAGAGGCGCCUGUACGAGGCGUGCGAG